AUGUUACAACAGAAGAAGCAAUGUGAAGAAAUUUUAAAUAUGAUUCGAAUAUGUAUUUUUGCUCGUGUUUGCCAAAAAUGUGGAUCAAAAAUUGUACAAUAUGGCAUAUCAAUGGUACGUUGCAAAGACAAGUUUUGUAAAAUAAGAUAUUCUAUUUUUAAACAUACUGCUUUCUUUUCUCUUAAAAUUUCUCCUUCGACCUUUUUAAAAAUCAUUGGUUUAUUUUUAACAAUCUUUCAUUCGAGCUUAUUUCAAGAAUUACAAAUAUAUUAA